AUGGCUAAGAAGGGAGGAAAGAAGAACAACAAGAAGGGCAACAAGCCCGCUGCCGUCGCCACCGCGGCCGUCGAGAAGGUCAAGGACGUUGUCACUCCCGACAACAACGUCGAGGACCAGUCCAAGACCGAACAGCCUGCUGUCGAGAAGACAGAGCCUGAGACUGCUCCUGAGGCUGCCCCCGAGACUGCUACCGAAACCGCGACUGAAAGCGCCGAGAAUGCGAAGGCUGAUACCAAGCCUGAGACCCCCGCGCCUGUCGCGACCGAGAGCCCCGCGGUGUCUGAGCUCAAGGAAUCCGUGAAGGACGAGUCGGCCCCUGCGAUUGAGAAGGAGUCAGUAGACGAGACUGUUGAGAAGGCGCAGGCCUCCAAGGCUGGCCAACUUGGCGAAUUGGAGGGUGGCGACGCCGCCGGCACUGGUAGGACACGUGUCAGUCAACUUGGGCAAUCUGAGCUAACCUCUUCAACAGCUGUCAUCCCCGAGAAGACCACCAAGGAGCCCGCGACUGGCGAAUCCCUGCCCGAGCGCCCCAAGACUUCUGAAUCAACCGCCCCUGUUGCGCCUGUCGUCGCGCCCGUUGCCGCGCCCGAGCCCAUCCCCGCCCCGGCCAUCGAGAGCGAUGCCGCACACGCGAAGCGUCCGUACGAGAAACCCAUCUUCAACAAUGAAGAGAACCUGAAGCCCACCAAAAUGCCCAAGACCGAGGAGGAGAAGCUCGUGGCCAGCGCUGCGGAGGACAAGAAGACCAUUGAGAACCUGGCCGGUGCUGGUCCUGCUUCGACUGCUGCGUACACUACCCCUGAGCCCGUACCUGUCAAGACUGAGGCCGAGAAGCCCGCCGAAGCCCCCAAGGUUGAAGCCCCGAAGGCUGAAGGGAAGGAAGUUGAAGCCCCCAAGGUUGAGGCUCCUAAGGCUGAAGAGAAGAAGGCCGAGAAGGUCGAAGCCCCCAAGGCCGAAGAGGCCCCCAAGGCUGCUGAGAAGAAGCCCGAGGAGAAGAUUCCUGUUGAGACCAAGGGCACUGCUCAGUCUGACAAGGCCUCAAACGCCAACCCCGACGCGGUCGCUGCCGCUAAUGCCGCCAUCACCUCCUCCAAGAACGACAAAGCCGCCCCAGCUGCUGCCGAAGAGCUCCAGAAGCCCGAGGCUGCACUGAAGCGUGGCGAGCAGCCCCUUCCCAAGACCGAGACUCCCACGGAGACCGAGCCUGAGGCCAAGGCUGAGGCCAAGGCUGAGACCAAGGCUGAGAACAAGGCUCAGACUUCGGAGGCGACCGAAGAGAAGGAAAAGAAGAAGAAGGAGAAGGGCGGAUUCCUCUCUUGGUUGAAGCGCAAGUUCAAAUGA